GAGUGAGAGGUCAUAGAGGGAAGGAUGACAUCACAAGAUUGCUCCCGCAGAGAGCGACAUCCAAGGGGCCUGGGAAAAACAGGGACUGAGCAGGGCUGGCAGGAGGGGCCGGAAAAAGACCACAGGUCAGUUGCUGACACCCUUUAAACAAGCCGUGGUAGAAGCAAGCGAUGAGAACAGGCACCGGAGCAUGUCCUUAGCCCCAUUGCCCCAUGAGUUGGGUUGUCAACUGAUGAGGGGAGAGCUUGAUCUGCUUUUGCAGAAGCCAUACCUACAAGGUCAAGAUCUACAGCAGGCAUAGGCAAACUCAGCCCUCCAGAUGUUUUGGGACUACAACUCCCAUCAUCCCUAGCUAACAGGACCAGUGGUCAGGGAUGAUGGGAGUUGUAGUCCCAAAACAUCUGGAGGGCCGAGUUUGCCUAUGCCUGACCUACAGCUACCUACAGCUUUCUAACCUGAGAAGGUCUGCAAAUCAAGAGGCCGUUAAAGGCGCAGGAGCAGCAGUCAGUGGGAAACCUGGCAAUCCUGCAAAAACAACUCACAAACCAAGGCACUCAGGGAAGGUUGCCACCUUUUCCUCUCAGCUUUGCUCCUGUGCCUUUAUAACAGUAGCCUGACACAUGCACACAUAUACUUAUCUGCUGCAGCCCUUAAUUCUUGCCUGCCUCUCGCCCCUCCCUGCUCUUGUUCUAACCACUAGUCUCUCACACCCCAUGUAGGCCAUGGAGCAAGGGAAGACGAUGGAGGCGCCCAAACCACCCAGUCACAUCGCCACCAAAGGCCUCUUCAAUACAGCUAUGGGGCCCCUCCAGCGCCAACUACGCUCCGGGGAGUACAACCUGUUCAAGUGUGCCACCAUGUUUGAAAGCGACUUUGUCCAGGUAUGGGAACCUGCUCCUCGGUUUGCUUCCUGGGACUCUGGAAAUGCCGGGCGUUGAACUCAACACCCUUUUGCAUGCAAGGCGCGGGGCGGGGGGAGCACUGAGUCAAGAUCCUUCCCCAACUCACAUCCAGUUUCUCAAGAACUGGGCAAAACUCAGCCAAAGAGAGUUCCCCUUUCUCCGUCACUGCAGAAACAUGUUUGGAAAAUUUGGCCCUGGCAGAAUUCUCCCUGCUGUAACCACCCCUGCAAAUAGUCUGGGGUGCUUAUACGAGACAUGCCCCCAUGUCUAGGGCCUAAAGCAAACACUUUAGGCUGCUGUUUUUCUGUUCUAGUGGCAGUGAGUUUCACAGAUGCAGUGAGGAUGUUAGCUGGUAACCUACAUCUGCAGUCUAGUAAGUUAGUUUUCUGUGGAGUUAAAAGCAGGAGUGUUUUCCUAUCCCUACUGGAGCAGUAUGGAAUUGCAGGCUGUGCUGUCAAGUUUUGAGUACAGUUCAGCAAAUAGCUGUUAAAUCUCCAGGAACAUAGGGAGUGAUGUCUGUUGUUGGCAGAGAAGUGAGGUGAUGUUUGUCAGGGGGGCUUUGCUCAGUCUGUGUCAGUGGACACAGUGGAAGCAGACCCCUUCUGGGGAGCUAUCUUCUUAGGCUGGUUUGUUAGAGGCCAGAAAAGGAGUUCAUCUCUAUCUCCUAAAGGCAGCGUCAGGUUUUUCUCCCAAGCGUAAAGAGAGGUGAGAAGCAGGGAGAGUGAGUCUUGGACUCUUGUUGGACUCUAAGCAUGCCUUGACCACAGCAGUGGUGGAUGCCUGUAUAUAUUUGCUACCAAUAUGCUUUUAUGGCUGUCAAGUAAGCUUCUACACUUGAUCGAAUCUUUAUGGCGCCCAUGAGUGUUUAUUGGCUGCUGUGUGUACCUUCAACCCUGAAGACACUUCCAAGGAAGGAGCUGCGUUGAGAUGUCACUCUGCCGAGUAUGGAUACUGGCACACACACACACGUAGCGAAAGUGAUGCUGGACCCAAUCCUUCUAAGUCAUCCAUCAGAGGUUGAUGGAUUGAUCCAACAGUCAUCACAUGGUAACUUCUCUUUGCAUUGCAGGUCAGCAAGCGAGGUGGCACCCUGGACGUCCACAAUCAAGUCCAGAUGGUGCGGGUUGCCAUUGCGGCCACCAGCCCAGGCCUUCAGGUCCCCAACGUGCUGUUGCUGGCCCGGCCAAUAUUCCCUUCCCGACAGCAGCCUCAAAGCCUCCAGGCCGCCCGGUUACACCGCACUUCAAUGAAUACGAGGUUUGAGCUGACCAGGUGAGGCCCAGCUUGCCCAUUUUCACACCAAGGCAGCACCCUGCUUAAAAAGGCCAUAUUUGCAUGAUUUAGAGCACUAUGGUACAACAGUCAAGACUUCCGCACAAAGAAUUCUGGGAGCUGUAGUUUGUUAAGGGUGCUGAGAGUGGUUAGGAGACCCCUAUUAUCCCCAUAGAGAUACAAUUUCCAGCAGGCCCAGCCCACCUAUGGGUCAAAGUGAGGUGACUGCCUCAGGUGGCAGGAUCCACAGGGACAGCAGAUCCUAAUACGGUGGUACCUCUCAUUAAGAACUUAAUUCGUUCUGGAGGUCUGUUCUUAACCUGAAACUGUUCUUAACCUGAAGCACCACUUUAGCUAAUGGGGCCUCCUGCUGCUGCCGCUGCGCCACCACUGCGCGAUUUCUGUUCUCAUCCUGAAGCAAAGUUCUUAACCCGAGGUAAUAUUUAUGGGUUAGCGGAGUCUGUAACCUGAAGCGUAUGUAACUCGAGGUACCACUGUAUAGGUCUUUAUUCCCUUGUUCCUGAUGUAGAUUUUCACUCACCCCUUCUUACCUGGUGGGGAAGGGGGCACCAUUUUGUGGUUUACCUCAAGUACCAAAAAUGUAUUGGGCCAGGAUGGCUUACCAGUCAAUCCCUCCUUACAGGGAACUCUGGGAACUGUAGGCACUGGCUCCAAAAUGCUGGCAACCCCAAUGGGAAGCCCACAAGCAGGACGUGAGUGUAGCAAACCUCACUUUGUUUCAUUCUAAAUUCUCUUGCUGCUUUCAGAGGUAAUUUUUAAGAAUGGCUGGGCUAUUUCAGUGAAAGUUCCUAAAUCUUGUGCAUGCCAUUAAAAAGUCUUAAUAAAUAAAGAAGGUGCAGAUUGUGGUGUGACGGCAAGUCAGUUCAUGGACCCCAUUUUGCACUCCCCCAACAAACACACAUACAGAUCUUCCUCCUUUCUCUCCCCGUCUCCCUGCAGGCUCCUUCCCUUGUGCUUUGUCAAGAUCUCCAUCCAUGACUUUGAUAAGCAACAGCUCCGAUUCAAAAUGUCCACCGGCCGCACUUUCUACCUCCAGCUCUGCCCACUACCAGAUACACAGGAAAGUGAGUUUGAGUCAUGGGUCAAGGUUGUCCACCUGCUGCGACCCCCCUCGGACGUUAGCCUGAAGAAGGAGCCUGUUGAAGACCUAUGGAAGCCAGGCCAGCCUGCUCUCAACGCUACAGCUGUGAGUUCCUUUGGGGUGAUGGAAGUGAAGCCCCUAAAAGUAGGACACCUGGACCCUUGGGAAUGCAGGGGGGAUGCGGGAAGGAAGGUGAAAAUAUUGGCAAAACCUAUUGGUGUUUCACAACUUUCUGACUAGUUGCAGGACCUUAGCCAGACCUAGCAGAGCACACGCAGAGUUCACGAAAGCAAUUGGCAACUUGGCUGCAGACAGGAAGGAUGAAGCAGGAAACAGUAACUUGUAGUUAGGUGUUUAUUAUAUACAGUGCCUAUUUACAGGAACAGAACAGAACACGGAUCUUUAACUUGCUCUCUCAUACACGACUCACAACUCCUACACUGACACUUGUACAUUCCAGUUAGUAGGCCAUUAAUCAAUAUUCCUGUGAGAGAGCUUGAUCAAUCAUGGAGCUGUCUCCAUGCCUCUGUAUCACCAGGCAGACUUACUCCUUCACAUUGCCUUGGCUGUCUGCCAAACCUUAAUUGACUCUGUGUGCAUAGUUGCACGUAUUCAGAUUCCCAACAGAAAAUAGGAACACACCUAUAGUUAACACACACUCCUCUCACACCAAAGAUUACUUCAGAAGACCCCAGCCCUCUCCAGUCUCACAGAUGGAUGAUCUCUACCAUUUCAGAGAUGGAAGUAGGAUAAUCCUUGAGGACUUCCACCAUCCCUACUCUUGCACCAAGGACUGCUGUUUGAGGUGCAUUCUGCCAUCCCUUCACAGAUACCCCACUUUGCUCUUCUCCAGCACUUCUGACAGCAGUGUUGCACACAUCCCAAUCUCUGAACAGUGAGAGACUCCAGGCGUGCUUGCUCUUUCCCAGGGUUCAGUUUUCUUGGAAUAAAGGUCAACAGAGACUGUGGUGUCUUUAUGAUAUAUGGUUUUCUUGACACAUAUAUUCAACCUGAGCAUAGGAUGGAAGGGCUCACAACAUUAACACCAAAACAGAUAUUGCCUCCCCAUUAGAGUUCCAGGGAAGCCCAAAGCUUUGGAGUCCAGCACCGAGCAAAACAUGCCUCUGAGUCUCCAGCUGCCAGCAUUAGCAAAAAUUCUCUCACAACUUUCACAUACACAAUCUUGGCCUAUUAUUCUCCAUCCUAGGAUGAUGUGGCAUAUAACCAGAACAGAUGGGGAAAAACUCAUCCACAUGUCUCUAUAGGAUCAGAGCUCACUCUUUUAAGAUGUGAAUGACAGGUAUUUAUUUAACUGAGCAGCUGAAGCCAUUACCUUGACAAAUGAACUGGCCUGAUUGGUUCAGCAAGCUUCCUCCUAUAGAUUCUGGCCUCCCAUACACAGGAUCACUGGUCUAGAUUAUACCCACAGGUAUAAUCUAGACCCUUCAAAUCUAUAACAGUACAUUGAACUGGUCUUAGCUGUUUAAAAAGCAGUAUUCUUCAACCUUGGAGUCUCAGAUGCUGUUGGACUAUAGCUCAUCCAGUAUAGCAGUUAGUCUGGGAUGAAUGAUGAAUGAUGGGAGUCCCAGUCUAACAGCAUCUGGGGAACCCCAGCUGAAAAAGGUCUAAAGGGAAUUUACUUAGCAGAGCUGGGGUGGAGUGCUGUUAGAUUGGGAUGCGCUUGUUAGAGCUCUGUGUGUUCUGAAGUAGAUUAGUAAAGGUUUCUGAAUACUAGUUCACAUUGUUUCCUCUCCAUUUAAAUAAGGCUGCUAAAAUAAAGUAAGUUUGGAGUAACCAUGAGUGCGUAUGUGAGAGGACUGUGAGCUCCACUCAUUUCAGGUUCUGAAAACGUCUUCCUAGCCUCAGCCUGUGCUCAAAAUGCGUUAUUUAUUUCUGGCUUUGGUUGGCUGAUCUGACAGUUCUAGCAAACAACAAGCAAAGUCAGUCUGACAAGCCUCAAGUCUGUCCAUCCUUACAACGUAUUGCAGGUAUUACUACUGCACAGCUUGAAGCAAUAGGGUGGAUAAAAACUGACUCCUCUUGGAAUAAAUAUUGUCGGGACCCAAAAUAUGGUUCCAAAGCUUUACUAAUAGAACUUUCUUCAGACAAAUAAUGUUACAGUCAAAUAGUUGUAGAAACUUCAGUGGCACCCUGUGCAAGCCAAAAAUUAGGCACCCUCCCACAUCUCACCUUCUGUUCUGCUCAAUUCACUAUGUCAUAGUUGUGACGUCUUAUGGCACCCCCUAGGCUUGGCACCCAAUGUGGGGAAUCUGGUCGCGCUGCCCUAAAUCUGCCUCUGUCCUCAGGAAAGAAAAUUAGGUCCAUGCCCAUUGUUUCAAAUACCUUGUUCCCCAUCCACCCAGAAUCCUGCGCCCCAGCUCCCUGCGGACAGAGAGUACACCCUUGCAGAAGUCCUAAGCACUUUGCAAGAAGAAGAGGACAAGAGGAACCCAGCUGAGCCCUUGACGAAUCAGUAUAGCAUCCUUGAACCCAGCAGCAGCCCAUCUCCAACUCCCAGCCAAGGGAUACCAGCAGAAUCAGAGAGCCUCCCACCUUCAGAGGGUCCAAGUUCCAAAGAGCUCCUUCAAAGGUCCUCCAAGGGCGACAAGAAGGACAGGAGGCAUAAGGACCGAUCGUCUGGAAGCAGGUACCAGGGAAAUUUUGUGCUGGCAGCCAGAGUAGGGAGCUGGGAUUUGAGGCUGACGGCGAAAGGGUUCAACCUGUUACGGUAAAAUCUGGGUGCGGGGCUACUCUGCCACCCAGCUCGUCGGACUAGGUCCGCGGGUCCCUGCGGAAGAAAAUGAGCUCAGCCGGAGACAGGAGCAAACUGCAGAAGAUCCAAGUUUAUUGCGCAACAGGUUCAAGGCGAGAUUGAACAGCGAGAAAGGGGUGACAUGAACUUUUGAAACUUCUCUCCAUGUCCCAGAAUACAGUGCAAAAUACAUCCUAGUUACAUCAUGAAUACAUUAAGAAGAGGUUGGGUUACACAGAUUACAUCAUGAAUACAUUAAGAAGAGGUUGGGUUACACAGGAUUAACAUACGGAGGAGGGAGGGGGGAUUAUGCAGAGCUGGAGAUAUGUGCAGAUAAGCACAUCCUGAGUACCUGAUGAGAAGACAAUGGUCCAUGUAUGCAUGGUCUGCCACCUGGCCUUGCCCGGAGGAAAGGCUUGGCAGAGCGAUUUGACAGGAUUAGGGUCUUGACACCUUGCUUGAGGGAUUAUGGAGGACAGGGGAGGUGUCAUGGAGUCCUAGAGAAACUGAGCAAAUUGGCACAUUGAUUUUCUAUAAAUUUUAUAGAUUUUAGUCCCUUUUGACAUUGACAAUUGGAAAUAAAUGGAUAUAUUGUAGCGAAGAAGGAGGUGAAGAAGACAUGCCCCCCCUUCCGUAUCAAACCCAUACCACCCCAGAUAAACAUACGCUGACAGAAAGCUCCAGUUGGACAUUAUGGCAAGCUAGGUGGUGCACACAUAACCAGAUGUUUUUGAACUCCAGCUCCCAUUACUCCCAGGCAACAUAUCCAAUGGUCAGGGAUGAUGGGAGUUGUAUUCUGACAACGUUGGCUACCCAUAUGGUCAUUUGGACAACUAGUUCCCAAUAUCCUAUAGUAUAAGAACAGCCUGGCUGCUGGAUCAGACCGAAGGCCCAUCUUGUGCAGAAUCCUGUUCUCACAGUGGCAGGGGUGUAGCGUGGGGGGGCUGCAGGGACGAUAGCCCCAGGCACAUUUUUUGGGGGGGUGUUGCUCAUGCCGCCCUCCCCAAGCCAGCCCUGUGCUGCUUUGCAAGGCUGGGAUCUAAUCAGAUUCCAGCCUUGCAAAGCUGCUCAGAGAGGGCAGCGUGAGCCUUGUGUUGCUUUCAUUGCAGCCUCACAAAGCAGCUUGGGGCUGAUGUUGUUCAGCAGCAAGGCCUGGGCAGGCUCAGGGAGGGCAGAGUCAACAGUGCCCCCUCCCCCCAAAAAUACAUCCUGUAUCUGGUAAACCCAAAUUUUCAGGAGAAAAGCAUUGAGAUUGGUGCUGUUUGAGGGUAAUAUUAUGUGGAUUGUGCUAAUUAAAUGGGACUGCAAAAAGCGGCAAACCCACAGUAAACUCCAGUGUGGACAAGCCCUAAAUGUGAGCUGGGGGGGAACCACACCCACUUUCUGAUUGUCCUCAUGGUGAAUGGCGAAUGGAGGAGGUGGGGUCUCACGUGGACAUGGCAGCCAUUCUCACAGGUGCUCUUCCUGUUUCAGAAAAAGCAGCAGAAGGAAAAGGUCAAGCAAGUCACGCCGAAGCCAUUCAUCAAAGAGAGGUAAGAGCCGCUCUGGCCAGCUUCUCAGAGCCCAUCCCCAAACACACUGGAAGAUCCAUGCCACUGUAAGCAUCUCAGGGAUCAGCCGUGCUUCUGCCUGUCCCUCCGCUGAAUCACAGCAAACAUCAAUUGGGUUUUCUGCAGAUUGGCAUUUGCUGCGGUUCAGCAGCAAAGGACGGGUUUGCCAAGGAAAGCAGUGGCGCAAAUGGAAACUACUCAGACUGUGCCUAGAAAGCAUUGGACAAGCAGAAAACCUAUUGGAGCUGUGCUUUCUAGGCACGGGCAAGCAGAAGCCCUUAACCCAUGAAUCUCCGUCCACCCAUUAAUCCAGGGAUGCCAUAUUGGAUCAACAUUUCCAAAAUCAAAUGGAUUUGAGAAUUGUGGCAUCUGAAAAUAAGGCAAUGGAAUAAUUGAACUGUCAAAUAGGAAGCCACCCUGAGGGUCAUCCAGUCUAACCCUCUGCAGUGCAGGAAUAAAGUUAUUGCUUGCUUCGAUGGUCAAAGGCUCCAGACGUUGGUUAGACUCCCAACUCUCAUGAUCCCCAGCCAGCAUGACCAAUAGUCAGGGGGAUGUUGGAGCUGUAGUCCAGCAACAGCGGGGAUGGGCAUGUUUGUCUACCCCUGGCACAGCCAAAGAUGGGCAGGGGCAGUGCUGCAUGCCUGUGCUCAUGGAGGGGAGGGGCAGCAGGUGAAGGUGGUGGGAGCAGCUCCGCUGACUCCUCUCGGGGUCUCUCCUCCUUUUCCUCCAGCUGCCAGCCGGAGCCCCAGCAAGAUCUCCUCUAUUCUCAUGGGUUCCUUCUCCAGCACCAGCCACAAACACCACAAAGGAAGCAGAAAGGAGGGCAGAGAGAGGAGGCAUUGAGAGUGGCCCAAGAAGCAGAAGAGGCCCCAAAGGGACAGAGAUGCUUUCCCCUCUUUUCCAACCAUCUCUGACUUUAAUAAAAACAAUGGCUAGAAAAACCACA